CAUGGCGGCAGCGAGACAACGAGAACAGAGAACACGCGACAGCAAUUACGCGCCGCGCCGCUCCGCCGACCGCUUAUAUAGCAUCCGGGAUCCGCCCCCUGAUGGCAGCGGGAGCCAAUCGGAACGGCAAGCGGCGCGGGGCUGAACUUGGGAGUCGAUCUUCGAAAACAUUCAAACCCAAGAAGAAUAUUCCUGAAGGCUCCCAUCAAUAUGAGCUCCUGAAACAUGCAGAAGCCACUCUUGGGAGUGGUAACCUCAGGCAAGCAGUUAUGCUGCCGGAGGGAGAGGACCUUAAUGAGUGGAUUGCAGUUAACACGGUGGAUUUCUUCAACCAAAUCAAUAUGCUGUAUGGGACCAUCACGGAGUUUUGCACAGAGGCAAGCUGUCCAGUCAUGUCUGCUGGACCAAGAUACGAGUACCACUGGGCAGACGGUACCAACAUAAAGAAGCCAAUUAAGUGCUCAGCUCCCAAGUACAUUGAUUACUUGAUGACGUGGGUUCAGGAUCAGCUGGAUGACGAAACCCUCUUCCCUUCCAAGAUCGGUGUCCCUUUUCCCAAGAACUUCAUGUCUGUGGCCAAGACCAUCCUGAAGCGACUGUUCCGUGUGUAUGCCCACAUUUACCACCAGCACUUCGACUCCGUCAUGCGGCUGCAGGAGGAGGCACACCUCAACACCUCCUUCAAGCACUUUAUCUUCUUCGUGCAGGAAUUCAACUUGAUCGACAGGCGGGAAUUGGCUCCGCUGCAGGAACUCAUUGAGAAGCUGGGUUCCAAAGACAGAUAAACUUUCCCUGGGAGGAUCCAAUCAACUUCCAGUCGUGGCCACUCCUUUCUGCUUUGUCCACAGCCAUUCUCCCCUUCACCCUCAGCGACACAAGCCCCAAAGAGCCGGAUGAUGUGCUGGCUGGCGCUGUGUCACUCAGUGUUGCAGACCCUUGGCAAAACAGUGUUUGUACUGUGCUGCAGCAGCCUGCGUCACCUUCUAACUGGUGGCUGAGCUGUGACGCCUGGCACUGUUUUGUCCACUUUUUUUUUCUAAAACUACAUACUCAAGUCUGGCAAGAAUUGCAGUGGAGAACUCAGACGCACAGCUUGCAGCAGGUUGUUUUGUUUUGUGCAGGCAAAGUUCCAGAAUGCCACACUGCUGUUUUCAGUGCUGGAGCAAAGCUUUCCUCAGAUCCCACGUGGCCAUCCUGGGGCUGCGUCCAGCGUGUGCUUCCCAUGGGGGAAGGGCAACAGAGGCACAGCUUAUUUUUGGAAGUGCUUUUUUUGGAUUUAGAUGCACUUUGGCCAAGAGCCUUAAGCUCCCCUCAUGGCAACAGUGAUGGGGAAGGAAAAAAAAGUGCCUGGCAAGGGGAGCCUGCCCCUUGGGGUGCAGAGCAGCUUUUCUGCCCCAGUUGGGGGAGGGGGGAGGGCAGGGGGAGGGGCAGGGACCAUGUUGGCAAGGCAAUAAAGUUUCUUCUUCCUGCUCUCCUUUCUAA